AUGCAGUCUUGGGCAGCUCGUGCGCAGCAGCAUCAACUUCAGCAUGGAUCUCCUGAAGAAGCUUUGUCGGGCGCACCAUACUCCAGGAGGAACCCGCUUGCGAAAGAGCUAUUCCACAAGCGCCCCUUUGGCCGUGCAAUCUCAACUGUAAUGCUUGUUCAAAUGGGUGUCUUUUCGGAAGGCAACAAGCCGCGACCCCCGUGA